AUGGAAUUUGUGGAACGUGCCAUGCAGAAAAAUAAAGACAUCGUCGGUGUUCUUUUCAUCAUGACAAUUGAUCCAAAUACAAUAUCGGCGGCAACUACUCCAUUUGCACUUAUCGACGACUACAGUGCUAUUAAAACCGAAAAGGAAAUCCUCUUUUCAAUGCAUACUGUUUUUCGUGUCGAUGAUAUCAAACAAUCAGUUAGCAAUAGUCGUCUAUGGGAAGUUCAACUGAGUCUCACCGGCGAUAAUGAUCCACAAUUGGCUGCUCUUACCAAAACCAUACAAAAGGACCUCCGUGGAUCCACCGGAUGGCAUCGACUGGGACAUUUGAUGAUCGAAGUGGGCCACUACAAUCAAGCUGAAGAACUCUACAACGAAUUACUCAAGAAUGCUUCCAGUGACAGCGAUAGAGCACAUAUUUAUCACCAGCUUGGAUUCUUAAAAAACGAUAAAGGACAAUAUCAAGAAGCAGUUUCAUUUUAUGAAAAGUCACUCGAAAUCAAGAGAAAAACUCUUCCGGAAGAUCAUUCUUCAUUGGCUCCUACCUAUACUAACAUUGGUCUUGCGUAUAACAACAUGGGUGACUACUCGAAAGCACUUGAGUUUUACGAAAAAGCACUUCAAAUUAAAGGAAAAGCUCUGCCUCCGAAUCAUCCCGAUUUGGCUACUUCCUACAACAACAUCGGUCUAGUGUAUAACAACAUGGGUGACUACUCGAAAGCACUUGAAUUUUACGAAAAAUCACAUAAAAUCUACGAAAAAGCUCUGCCUCCGAAUCACCCUCAUUUGGCUACUUCCUACAACAACAUCGCUUCGGUGUAUGACGACAUGGGUGACUACUCGAAAGCACUUGAAUUUUACGAAAAAGCACUUAAAAUAAGAGAAAAAGCUCUGCCUCCGACUCAUCCCGAUUUGGCUAGUUCCUACAGCAACAUCGGCCUCGUGUAUAACAACAUGGGUGACUACUCGGAAGCACUUGAAUUUCACGAGAAAUCACAUAAAAUAAAAGAAAAAGCUCUGCCUCCGAAUCAUCCCGAUUUGGCUACUUCCUACAACAACACCGGUGGAGCGUAUAAAAACAUGGGUGACUACUCGAAAGCACUUGAAUUUUACGAAAAAGCACAUAAAAUAAAAGAAAAAGCUCUGCCUCCGAAUCAUCCCUCAUUGGCUACUUCCUACAACAACAUUGUUUUAGCAGUAUUAGACUUAGUUGUAUUUGAUAUUAUUGUUGAUAGUAUUCAACAUGAAGGUGAUUAA